AUGAUCGGCUUAUCUAAUUAUCCAUAUGCGACAUACGAGCCAAAUCAAAUAGCUGCUGGUAUUCUUGCUGGCGUCAUUGGUAUAUCGUUGAUAGGAUGGCUGGCGCAAGCGACUCGAAAGUUUCGUCGACUUAUUAUUCUUCUGACCAUUUCCCAUUUAACCAUCUUCAUCGAACUUGUACUUCGUGCAGCACUUUCUAGUCAACGCACGAUUAUCUUAGCCAAUUACGAUUAUAUCGUUCGUGUGGGCGAAGUCAAACCUGCCAUUUCUCGAUGCGUUAUUAUUGGACCUAUUUUAAUCGCAUUGAUAUCAGCCGCUCUGAUGAUUCCAGCUGGAAUGUUAUCCUACGAUAAGAGCACGAUUCCUCAAAGUUUUGUAUUACGACAAGCCUCAGCGGCGAUUGUUCUUGGACUAACUAUUCUUUUCUAUCCAAUUUGGUUUGCGAUUAAAACAUGGAAGGAUAUGAAAAAACAAUCUAUCAUUCGUUUAUUAAUCUCAAGUAUUGCGUGUUUAAGCGUCGCUAUUUAUCUUCAAAUUACUUCUAUUCCUGAUUAUUAUAUAACUACAAGCCACGAAGAAUACUGGUUCUAUAUCUUUCAGUUCACACCCAUAGCUAUUGCACUUCUGACGUGGACAUUGUUACAUCCACGACGCAGUUUGCAAGCAGAUAUCAGCACAUCUGAACUUUAG